CCCAAACCCUGAGGGCAGCUGAGCGGGGCCUGGCUCCUGGCAGCAGGGCGGUGGCACCCCUCGUCCCAGCUCCUUCUCAUUGGAGGGUGGUUUCUGUGUCCAACAGCUGAGGUUCAGCACAAAGUUACAGGUGCAAUGACUUCUCCGUCAACGCAGCCAGUGACCGUGGCGACACUCACCGCCCCAGCCCUGUGCCCUGUGCGGGGAGCACCCCACCUCGCAGCAGGGGCCUGAGGCACAGGGAGCUCAGUCACAUGGCGGAGGACGUGAACUCCACCCUCAACCCCACCGCUGCCCACGGGGGUCCCUCUGCCAUGAGCCAGCCCUGCACACGGCCCCCGGCCUCGGGUGCUAUUGAGCAUCAGCUUUUUUGUGGAGGUCAAUUCAAUGGACGAGAACUCACCCAGCCAGGAAGCUAGGCACCUACAGGGUGCCCGGCGCCAGGGCCCCCGGCGUAAGGAGGCCACAGCGGAGGGGGAGGGGGUAUCAGAGGCCUGGGAAAGCACCUGGCCUACAGCCCAUUGCCUGGCUGUCCUCUCCCCUCCCCCUCACCGCUGUGUGACCUUGGGACAGAGCCUGACUUCUCUGGGCCACGGACGACUCACCUGGGAAAUGGGGAGAUCAGACAGUACCAGUCAGGAGCCUGCGCUGUAAAUCCUAAAAGCAGGGCCUUCUCCCUGUGGGAGCUCAGCCCCCUCUCGUGGGUCCUCCCUUGCAACCUUGGAACCUGGAUGCCAACCGCCCCUAGUGGCUGGAGAAGGAAGUGCAGCGGCAGGGGGAGGCUAGGCAGGGACGGCUGAGCUCUCUGAGGAGGUGUGAGUGCUGGGUGCCGCUGGGGGUGGGAGAUGAGAGAGGAAGGCAGCGAGGCCUGAGGGUGUGCCCUGCCUGGAGGGCGCCUGGGGGCCGGGAGGUGGGAGGGCACCGCCGGGUACCUGGUGAAACUCCGCUGAGACAGGAACCUCACGCUGCUAGGUUCAGGGGCAGCUGAGAUGGCAGGGCCCCUGGGGACAGCACACGGGGAGCAGUUCGACAUUCCCCCCAGCAGGCCCGGCCCACCCUCCUGCCCUGCGCUCUGGAAAUUUCCUGGGGGAGGGUCUGGAACCCCAGCCAGCUCCUGCCCCGCCUGCCGGGCACCUCCUCACGCCCCAGCGGAGACCCCGUCCACACCAGGCUCUCUGGGUCCGGGGUAAACAUUAGCUGGCACUGUUAAUGUUUAAUGCCCCCACCUCAUCCCGGCCACCCCGCGGCCCGGGGCAUUCUCCGGGCAGAGGCGGCAGGCGGAGGCAGCGGGAUCCAGUCCAGUCUACGGGCGAUGGCAGGGGUGCCCACGGCCGAGGGUGGCAGCCCCGGGGGGGACGUGGACCCGUUCCACUACGACUAUGAGGCCGUGCGCAAAGGGGGCCUGAUCUUUGCCGGCCUGGCCUUCGUGGUGGGGCUCAUCAUCAUCCUCAGCAAAAGACUCCGCUGCGGGGGCAGAAAGAAGCAUCGGCCGGGCGCAGACGAGGAGCUGUGAUGGCAGAAUCGGCCAGGCCGCGGCCACCGCAGGCCUCUGUCCCUCGCGCGGCCAGGCCCUCGGGCUGAAGGGAGCACCGGGCUUCGUGGAACCCUGGACGCCCCCCCCCCCCCAGUGCUGCUUCUUCCUAAUAAUAAAGCUGACAGACGUGGCUUCUUC